GAGGCUUUUCACUUCGCAUCUCAAGUUUCAGUCUAUGGCGGUCUUCGUUCCCUUUCCACACACGCGAGGGUUUGGAAGUUCAAACUUGGAACUUUGAAGUGAGAACGCUUGGACUGCCUUGAAGAGACAGUCCGUGAACCGUAGCAUCAGUGUGACGCUUUCUAGGUCUAAUUCCCACCCGUCUGUCGAUUACUAGUUUCUAAGUCCUAGCCGUGUGACACUCCCUAAUUCCUCGCCGUGUGCUAUCUAAUUCCUAGCAUUGUGACGCUUCCUAGUUCCUGGCUGUGUGACACUCCCUAACCGUAGUUUGAGACUAAAGUUCAGUCUUUCGCUUUUGUCUUCGCCUCACCAAUCCCGCGUUUCGAACUCUACCUGACCAUCGGAAGUACCAGCGUACCAGAGCAGCAGGAAGCGGGUUGGAAAAAAAUAAAAAUAAAAACCGAGGAAGCGAUACAACAGCUUCUACUCCUAAGCGACUCCAACAUCCUUCCAGAGAUCAAUCAGUCGUUACAAAUGGACGGCAAUCCAUACGGCCAUCAUCAUCGCCGUCAUCACCGUCGGAGCCAGCUUCCCUAUGCCGACCCACAAGCUCUCGGAGCCAACGACGACUUCACCUCCCCAUGGCCACCGGCUGCUAGUGGUGUUCCCGGCGGCGGUAUCGCCGGCGGUAUCGCUGGUAACAUUGCCGGCGGUAUCGCUGGUAACAUUGCCGGCGGUAUCGCUGGCGUGUCCCCCGCUUCCGCCUCCACCGCUGUUUCCAUCUCCCAGUUCCUCCCCACUCACUCGCCGGUCGUUUCCGCCUUCGGCGCAGCUCGUUCCGCCGCGGAGCAUUCCGCGGGCGCCGUGCAGCCGUUUCUGCGGAAUGAAGCGCAUUCUUCCGCGCCUUCCGCGCAGUCUGCUCUUGAGUUCGCCCUGCUUGAAUCGCAGCUGCUAUCCGCAGUCGCGCAGCAAGCGUCGCAGCAGCAGUCUCAGCAACCGUCGCAUCUGCUGUCGCAGGAUGUGUAUCAGGAAGAGCAGUUGAGUCACCAGGCGCCCUCGCGGCGAAGUCAGCAUCAGCCGCAGCAGUUCCAGCAGCAGCAGCAGUAUUCUUAUCAGCAGCAGCAGCAGCAGCGGCAGGGGGAGCAGCAGUUUUUGCAGCACCAGUUUCAGCUGCACGAACAGCAGCAGCAGCAGCAGCAGCAACAGCCGCAGCUGUUCCAGCAACAUCUCUUCCAGCAGCAGCCGCAGCAGUCGCAGCAGCAGCAGCAGCAGCAGCAGCAGCAGCAGGCGCCAGUAGCGGAUCAGCAGCAAGUGCUUCAGUAUCUCGUGCAACAGCAGCGAAACGUCCAGUCGGCCACAAACUGGCAGCAGCAGCAGCCGCAGCAGCAAGGGUACGAGCAGCAGGGCCCAUCAGAGCCGUACCAGCAGCAGCAGGUUUACCGGCAGCAGCAGGUGCAGCAGCCACAGGAGCAAUUGCAGAUUGAGCAGCAGCAGCAGGUAGAUCAGCCGUAUUUUCUCGAGUUCAUGCAGCAGCAGCAGCAGCAGCAGCAGCAGCAGCAGCAGCAGCAGCAGCAGCAGCCACAUGAUCAGCAGCAACCGCAGUUGCCGCAGGAGCAGCAGGAGGUGGGGCAGCAUGCAGAGGAGAACGAGUUUCAGACCCAACAGCUUCCGUUCUACACCCAGCAGCAGCAUGAAGGGGCGGCGGAGGAUGAGGAGGGGGAGGAGGAAGACGAGGAGGAGGAAGAGGAGGAGGUUGACGGGGAGUAUCAGGAGGAGGAGCAGCAGCACGAGCUGCAGGGAGACUUGUCCCUUGUAGGCUCGGCAGUGGCAGGCUUGGAACUUGUAGGUUCGGCAGUGGCUGACCUAGCAGCGGACGGAGCAGACGCGUUUGAUCUGGACGAGGUUGAGGUGGCUCGACUGGAAGGGGAGGCGGAGGAGGGGGAGGGAGAGGGACAGAGGGUUGAAAGAGGAGUUGGGUUUGAGGGGGAUGGGGACCGUGGUGGGAAAUUGGGUGUGAAAGAGAGCAGGAAGAGAAGCCUGGAGGAAUUGGACCAGGAGGGGGAAGAGGAGGAAGGGGAUGAGGAGGUAGACGGAGAGGGAGAGCAGGAAGGAGAGGAGGUGACGGAGGAGGAUGGAGCGAGUGAUGAAGCGUCUCUCGUCCGCCCAUCCUUUCGCACAACUCCCUCCCCUCUCCUCUGCUCCGAAGCAGACUUCCAGAAGCUCUUAUCCUGCAUCGAGACCGCUUCUAACGAGGACGCCAUAGCCAUGGUUCUCCUGCUCCUUCUGGAGGAGCAGCGUGCCGCCAAGGAAUCCUCCUCCUUCCUGAAACGGCUCCGAGUGAUUCGCGCAGAGUACAACCUUCGCCACCACUCCCUCGUCCGCUCCAUCCAGCUCAAUCUGAAUCGAGAUGUCGCAGACAAUGAUGCGAUCUGCCAGCAGGAGAUCCAACGGCUGAGGCGCGUCUGCGAGGCUGGCAUGACAGCUGGCGCGACGCUUUCGCAGCACCAGAUGGUCCACACGCGGAUCUGGACGCGUCCACGCUCCCGCGCCUGGUGGGAGGAGUGUAUUGACCCGAGUUACCCUUCGGAAGCGUUCCGGAAGGCGUUCCGAAUGAGCCGGGAGACGUUUAUGGAGCUCUGUGGCAUGCUGGGACCGCUGAUUGUGAAAAAGUCAACCAAAAUCAGGAAAGCAAUUUCCGUGGAUAUUAGGCUUGGAGCUUCGCUCUGGCGCCUGGCCACAGCCGAGCCUCUCCAUCUGAUCUCCAGGAGGUUUGGGCUUGGGCAGACCACCGUGCAUUUCGUCUCUAAUGACGUUCUCAAGGCGCUGAACGAAGUUGUUCUGCCUAAGGUUGUCGUUUGGCCCGAGCUGGGCAGUGCUCGGGCAGCUGAAAUUUCAUCCAAGUUUCUCGAAGUGUGCGGGUUGGAUCACGCCUCUUCUGUAGCUCAGCAGCUGGGGAACGGGCAGCUGAUAGGAACGCUCUACACCACGCACCUCCCCAUCAACACGCCGCGAUCGAACCUCGCUAAGUAUCACAACAAGCAGCACACAGAGCGGUUCGCCCGGCCAUCCUACUCCAUCGCCAUGCAGGCAGCUGUUGACGCGAAGGGGCAGUUUUUAGACCUUUGCAUUGGGCUGCCCGGAGCGCUUUCUGAUGAAGAGGUCCUGCAGCAGUCGACUCUUUACCAGAAAGGGCAGGCUGGGGAUUUGAAGGGAGCGAAGCUGAUUGGCUCUCGGUCUUACCCUCUCCAGGAUUGGCUGCUGGUCCCGUACGGCCAAUCAGACAGCGCCACAUGGUACCAGACCACGUUCAAUGAGUGCAUCGAGAAGGGGACUGCAGUGGGAAAGGACACGAUUGGCCGGCUGAAAGGGCGAUGGAGGAUUCUGCUGAGGCGGGCGGAGGGGAAAUUGCACGAGUUACCCCGUUUGGUGGGGGCAUGCUGCGCGCUGCACAAUUUCUUGGAGCAGAAGGGUGAGGCGUUUGACCCUGACUGGGCGUACGACGCCUUUGAUGACUUUAUUCCUGCGAAGAGGGCGGAUGAGGAGUCGCCGGCUGCAGUGGCGGAGAGGGAUGCGCUGGCACAGAGCAUGUUCCAGGCUGUGCACGGGUGGGAGGGGGAUGCUGCCAACACGCUCUGAGGUGUGAAGUGUGGAUGCGAGGAGUUGCAGGCAGGCCCUCAGAUUCGUUUUAGGCCAUGCUGAUUGAUCAGUGUCGAUCUCAAAAAACACCCUGAAAAUAAGUUUUUGGUAGUGGUUUUCUUACGGGUUGGCCCUGGUUCUUUCGUUUU